AUGUUAGCGACAGUGAGACCAACACUAAUGAGACAAUUAUUGCAACCAAAGCGGUACACAAUGUCUGGUAUCGGUAGGUCUGUCAACACCAAUGACCACAACCGUCGGUGUUUGCAUUGGUUGGCCGACACUCUGGAUAUCGAUAAGUUUUGCAAUGAUUUCAAUAAACAUAGAGAUGGAUAUCUUAAACGCUUUGAUUUUGAUUUAUUGAACACACGUUACGUAACUGAUGAAACUAUUUGGUAUCUUAAUAUACUGACCACUUGUUGUCCACUAAAUGAGUCCAAAUUGUUUGCAAACAACCGAUCGCUGAAACCACCCAACGACGAGUGGCAAAUCAUUACGGACGACGAGUCCAGUUUGAUACGAGUGCCGAAACCUCAUUACUUUUGUGGCCAAUUAUGUCAACCAAGUUGUUGGGAAGUCGAGUUAUUUGUCUAUAAUUUGGUCAAUUUCUUCAGAUUUAAGUACGGCUUUGGAGACCAUUUUAAAUAUUUAUUAGGAGAAGAGUCGGACUGGAAUAUCAAAAAUACUAACCGUUACGAACGGUUCCGUUAUAUUGGCAACCGAUUGAAGGCAUUACCCGAUAAGCGACUAUUUAUGGCAAUUCAUGAGACAAACACCGACGGAGAUAUUGUCGAAGGUUUAGAUGAUAAAUCGCUACAGAAGUUGGCGACCGUUCGCACAGAUUUCAAACCAAUUGACUGUCCGGAGAAUAUCGAGAAACCCAUUAAACUGUUUCAGCAACACGUGUGUCAACUACUGGCACAACUCGUAUGUUUGGCCGAUAAUAACGUGUCGUAUAAUUUUGCCAACGAUUCCCUUUACGGACUGUUAGUACGCGACUCAUAUUUUCACUUUUACGAGACAGAUGUUACUCACAAGUAUAUCGAAGACGUCAAAAAUGAAGACAUUAGUGAAGACCUUGUUGUUAAACAUAUGACCGAUGGAAUUGGGCUUAACUAUGAUGACCAUAACGAUCGGCAAUUGAUUCAAUUGAUUUUGUUUACCAUAUUUAACAAUGAAAAGAAUAGAAUCAAUGGAUAAACAUUGACCACCGAUGACAGACAUUAACUAUAGACACCAAAUAAUUUGUUGUCAUUAUUAUGAUCUCAACUUUAACUCAAUAUUUCUCGUACAGUAUUAUAAUUAUGGAAAAUAUUGAUUUCAUAUAUCUU